AUGAGACCACAUAUAUUGUCAUUUGCUCAUGUCGGACACUUGGGUAUUGUAAGCACCAACAAAAAUUUAAGGUCAAGGGUAUGGUGGCCUGGAAUGGAGAAGGAUGCCGAAAAACACUGUAAAACAUGCCAUGGAUGCCAAAUCACCAGUAGACAAAAUCCACCAGAACCGAUAAGAAGUACUAGACUUCUGACAGCGCCAUGGGUAGAUUUGGCAAUUGAUUUUCACGGACCUUUACCAUCUGGAGAAUAUGUAUUAGUUGUGAUUGACUACUAUAGUCGAUAUUAUGAGCUGGUAGUUAUGAAAUCAAUCACAGCAGAAAAGAACAGUUGCAGAGUUGCGUAUAAUAUUAGCGAGACAUGGAUUACCAGAAACGGCUUCCAGUGA